AUGGCUCGCAACAGUACAGACACAACUGCGCGCAGCUCGGAUCCUGCGUUCGAAGCAUACUACUUAGAGCGCUCGACGCAAGAACUAUCAGAGGACCUGGACAAAGUGCGCAACACAAACGACUUUCGAGCUGAGUCAAUCCAGUUCUUGGUGCAUGCCCUGCAGCAGGGGGCUUCGCAAUUCUCCGCUCAGGAUGAAGCAAGGGUCAUGUCUGCGCUCGAGAAGGGCAAGAAGUCUUGA